CUUGAUUGGACGACCCCGGGUUUUCGUCAUUGGCCUCAUGCAAACAAGCUAGCAACAGUUAGAGCUUCUAUAACAAUCAUGCGAAGAAAAAAACUUUCUUAAACUGCUCCUGUGAGUUUAGAUUAUCAUUACGUAGACGAAAGCAACUCUGUAGCCGCGAGAGUAAGAUGAAUUUCUCUGAGGUUUUUAAGCAAUCCAACCAACUCUGCAAAGUUUCUCCGGAUGGGAAAUAUUUGGCUACCUGUGUUCAGUACAGGCUGGUGGUGCGAGACCUGAGCACACUGCAGAUCCUGCAGCUCUACACCUGCUUGGACCAGAUAUCCCACAUGGACUGGUCUUCUGACUCUCUCUUUAUUCUCUGUGCUAUGUACAAGAGAGGGCUGGUACAGGUGUGGUCUGUCGAGCAGCCAGACUGGCACUGUAAGAUUGAUGAGGGCUCAAUAGGACUAGUCAGCUCGCGGUGGAGUCCGGACGGACGUCACAUUCUCAACACCACCGAGUUCCAUCUGAGAGUCACCGUCUGGUCCCUGUGCACCAAAGCUGUGUCUUACAUCAAGUAUCCCAAGGCAUGUCAGAAAGGUGUAGAUUUCAGCAGAGAUGGCUGCUACAUGGCCUUGGCUGAACGCCGUGACUGCAAAGACUAUGUCAGUGUAUUUGUGUGUGACGACUGGCAUUUACUCCGGCAUUUUGAGACUGAGACCCAAGACCUGGCCGGGUUGGAGUGGUCUCCCAAUGGCUGUGUGCUGGCAGUGUGGGACAGCUGCCUGGAGUACAAGGUGUUGCUGUAUUCUUUGGAUGGGCGCUUGCUGUCCGCCUACAGUGCCUACGACUGGUCACUGGGCGUCAAGUCUGUGACCUGGAGCCCCAGCAGCCAGUUCCUGGCCAUUGGCAGCUAUGAUGAAAAAGUGCGUAUCCUCAAUCACAUCACAUGGAAGAAAAUCACACAGUUUGAGCAUGUAGCAUCCAUCAACAGCACAAAAGCAGUUGUGUAUAAGGAAGUGGAGAAAAGGACAGCUGUUGGCACUGAUGACCUUUCGCUACACAACAUAACAAUUGGCAGCACCCCCUUCAACACCCAGAGCAAAUACGAGAUCUGCCCAUCACCAGUCCAGAUUCCUGUUGUCAAACCAGACCCAGACCGAGCCAACCCCAAGAUUGGUGUCUCUACUUUGGCUUUCAGCUCAGACAGCCGCUAUCUAGCCACCAAAAACGACAACAUGGCCAGUGUGGUCUGGCUGUGGGACAUGCAGAAGAUGAGCCUGGUGGCCGUGCUGGAGCAGACGUCAGCUGUGCGCUGCUUUCAGUGGGACCCCCGACGCCCCCGGCUGGCGCUGUGCACCGGCAACACCAAACUCUAUCUCUGGUCCCCGGCAGGCUGCGUUUCCGUCCAAGUCCCCACUGAAGGUGGCUUACAGGUCCAGUCACUCAGCUGGCACUGCAGUGGGGACUCUCUGAUCCUGCUCGGGAAGGAGCAGCUAUGUUUGUGCUACAUGGACCAGGAGGACAAGUGAAUGACUUGAUUCGCUUAUUUGGCAAUGCACACUUGGCCGGGAAUGUCAAAUGAGAACAUUCAACUUUUAAGGCCCUCAGUGCAGGUUACUGGGAUGUUCUUUUUGCUCUUCAAGUUCACAUGAAAUGCUUCUCGAGCAACAGACCAAUACAUACGGCAAGACAACAAAGUUUUAUAGAUUAAGUAUUUAUGUGAAUUUGACCUU